AUGUCCUCUCAGCCAGAAUCCGUGACAAAUGAAGAAAAUGCCGACAUACAAUCGCCUCAAGAAUUAACGGUCGAAACGGUCCUUCAACAAUUGCAAACAAAGUUUGAUGAUCUUUCAACACAGCUGAUCACAAAAAUGGACGAAAUGGGUUCACGAAUCGACACUCUCGAAAAAUCUUUAGGAGAAUUGAUGCAACAAGCGGUUGUGGAAGAAAAUGUCGAGCCAAAAAUUUGA